UGCACCCACCUUCGCAGGCCGGAACUCGGCGCUCGGACUGGGGCGCGGCACGUGUGGUGGCCGCGAUGAAGUUCGCGUACCGGUUCUCAAAUUUGCUGGGUACAGUUUAUCGGCGUGGAAACUUAAAUUUCACAUGCGAUGGAAAUUCAGUUAUCAGUCCUGUGGGGAAUAGAGUCACAAUAUUUGACCUUAAGAACAACAAGUCUGACACACUACCCCUGGCCACUAGGUACAACAUCAAGUGUGUGGGGCUAUCCCCAGAUGGCCGCCUCGCCAUCAUUGUUGAUGAAGGGGGUGCUGCACUCCUGGUCAGCUUGGUCUGCAGGUCGGUGCUGCACCACUACCACUUCAAGGGCUCUGUGCACAGCGUCUCCUUCUCUCCGGAUGGCAGAAAGUUUGUCAUCACAAAGGGCAACCUCGCUCAGAUGUACCAUGCCCCUGGGAAGAAGCGAGAAUUCAACGCAUUCGUCCUAGACAAGACCUACUUUGGRCCAUAUGAUGAGACCACAUGCAUCGACUGGACCGAUGACUCCAGGUGCUUUGUGGUUGGAAGCAAAGACAUGUCCACCUGGGUGUUUGGAGCUGAACGCUGGGACAACCUCAUCUACUACGCACUGGGGGGACAUAAGGAUGCCAUUGUGGCCUGUUUCUUCGAGUCCAACAGCCUGGAUCUGUACUCACUCAGCCAGGAUGGAGCCCUGUGUGUGUGGCAGUGUGACACACCCCCAGAGGGCCUGAGGCUGAAAGCCCCCACAGGCUGGAAGGCAGAUCUGCUGCAGCGAGAAGAGGCGGCGGAGGAGGAGGAGGAGGAGGAAGGACAAAGAGAGAUCACCAUUCGGGGGAAGGCCACACCUGCUGAGGAGGAGAAGAAGGGAAAAGUGAAGUACUCACGUCUGGCCAAGUACUUCUUCAAUAAAGAAGGAGACUUCAACAGCGUGACAGCUGCAGCAUAUCACAAGAAGAUUCGCCUCUUGGUCACAGGUUUUGCUUCUGGAAUCUUCCAUCUGCAUGAGCUCCCAGAAUUCAACCUCAUCCACUCACUGAGCAUCUCAGAUCAGAGGAUCACUUCAGUUGCCAUCAACAGCUCUGGGGACUGGAUUGCCUUUGGCUGCUCAGGCCUUGGCCAGCUGCUGGUAUGGGAAUGGCAGAGCGAGUCCUAUGUGCUGAAGCAGCAAGGCCACUUCAACAGCAUGGUAUCUCUGGCCUACUCCCCGGACGGGCAGUAUAUCGUCACUGGUGGGGACGACGGCAAGGUCAAGGUAUGGAACACCCUCAGUGGCUUUUGCUUCAUCACUUUCACGGAACACUCCAGUGGGGUCACUGGUGUGGCAUUUACUGCCACCGGCUUUGUCAUYGUGACCUCUUCCCUGGACGGCACCGUGCGCGCCUUCGACCUCCACAGGUACCGGAACUUCCGCACCUUCACAUCUCCGCGCCCCACCCAGUUCUCCUGUGUGGCCGUCGACUCAAGUGGGGAGAUCAUCUCUGCCGGGGCCCAGGACUCCUUUGAGAUCUUUGUGUGGUCCAUGCAGACGGGCAGGCUCCUUGAYGUUUUGUCUGGCCACGAGGGGCCCAUCAGUGGUCUGUGUUUUAAUCCAAUGAAGUCCAUCCUGGCCAGUGCUUCCUGGGACAAGACGGUGCGCCUGUGGGACAUGUUUGACAGCUGGAGAACCAAGGAGACGCUGACCCUCACGUCGGAUGCUCUAGCUGUGACUUUUCGGCCUGAUGGUGCAGAGCUAGCUGUGGCCACGCUAAACUCACAGAUCACCUUCUGGGACCCUGAGAACGCAAUACAGACGGGUUCCAUCGAAGGCAGACAUGACCUCAAGACAGGCAGGAAGGAGCUGGACAAGAUUACGGCCAAGCACUYGGCCAAGGGCAAGGCCUUCACCACUCUGUGCUACUCUGCAGACGGCCAGAGUAUCCUGGCGGGGGGCAUGUCCAGGUUUGUGUGCCUUUACCACGUCCGGGAGCAGAUCCUGGUGAAGCGGUUUGAGCUCUCCUGCAACCUCUCUCUGGACGCCAUGGAGGAAUUUCUGAAUCGAAGAAAGAUGACGGAGUUUGGCAACCUGGCGCUCAUUGACCAAGAUGCCGGGGAAGAGGACGGGGUUGCUAUUCCGUUGCCAGGUGUGAAGAAAGGUGACAUGAGUUCUCGCCACUUUAAACCUGAAAUCAGAGUGACUUCACUGCGCUUCUCUCCCACUGGGCGCUGCUGGGCAGCCACCAGCACAGAAGGGCUCCUCAUCUUCUCCCUGGAUGCCCAGAUGCUCUUCGACCCAUAUGAGCUGGACACCAGCAUCACCCCUGGGCGGGUACGGGAGGCCCUGCACCAGCAGGAGUUCACUCGGGCCAUCCUUAUGGCCUUCCGGCUCAAUGAGAAGAAGCUGGUACAAGAAGUCCUGGAGGCUGUGCCGCGGGAAGACAUUGAAGUUGUGAGUGCUUCUCUUCCUGAGCUGUAUGUAGAAAAGGCACUUGAGUUUUUAGCUUCCUCAUUUGAAGUGUCUCGUCACCUUGAAUUCUACCUCAUAUGGACACAGAAGUUGCUCAUGUCCCAUGGACAGAAGCUGAAGCCCAGUGCAGGGCGGCUGCUGCCUGCCGUCCAGUUCCUUCAGAAGAGCCUCCAGCGGCACCUGGAUGAUCUGGCAAAGCUCUGUGACUGGAACCGCUACAACCUGCGGUAUGCUCUGGCCAUCUCCAAGCAGCAGGGUGUGAAACGCCCCCUGGACCUGCCGGGAGUUGAGGAUGAUGGGGAAGCAUCCGAUGAGGACAGUCUGAACCUGCUGGGAGGGGCCAGAGAUGAGCCCACUGCCACUGCGGCUCCUGACUGUCUUGGUUGAGACCUUCCAGAGGGAUGGAACCUCCUGUCACCUGGGCCCAGGACAUGGGAGUGCAUCCAAAGUGCUGGGAUGUUGUCACRGAGUCUCCCUUUUCCGUGGAGAAGCACACAGCCCAUCAGGACAGCGAGCCAACCUGCUAGCACCCAAGCAGGCACUUGGGUGCCAUGGGCCAGGAUCCCUCAGUGAGGACUUUCUAACAUUGCCUUCACGAAAUGUAAAUAGGUUCAUGUUUGUGGACUCACAUAAACUUAAUGGGAGUUAUUUAUAUUUUUAAUACAAAGUUCUAAAGAUAAACUUGGGAUUAGAAACAUGA